ACGCCCACAACCUUUCCGAGCCACCACUUCAUGCCUCUGCUGCCGGUCAUCGUUUCAAAAACAUGAGUGCUAUAGACUCCUCGCCGCUCCCGAUCCCCACCUUCCAGGCCUCGGAUCAGCCUUGUCCCAAGGAUCUCCUGGACUUCCUCCUUAAUUUCAUCCAGCUAGCCACGAGUCAGUCGGCGGAGGUGCUCCUCCACAACUCACGCAAAAGAUGGCUGUCUGCUUUUGACACUCUGAAUAGAUCGUUCCUCAAGCCCUUGGAACUUCCCGAUGAAUUUGAGUGGCACAUGCUUCAUGAGCGGACCAAGCUAUUCGAGGUCACCUUCGAACUAUUCUGCCUUCUGACAACACGCUGUGGCGAGGUACUCUCUUACCAAGAAGACCUCACCAAGAGUAUGCUCUGCAAGCUGCUGGACGUGGCCUCGAGUCUUGAGAUUUGGUUGGAUGUUCCGGACGUACCGGUGAAAGAAGGUUUUCCGAGCCCAGAGAAGCUUUAUGCAGACUGCAUGAAGACCAUGACCGCGAUGCUUCAGGCUUUAGCAGGGAGCGCCAAGAUUGAUCACGCGGGCAAGCCGGGAUGGCAGAUACUGAAGAGUAUUGGAGAGGAAUGUCUCGCGGUCUGCUCAGAUAUUAUGGCAGCGCCUCCUGAUGCCACAUACUAUAUUUGCUUGUUUAUGCUCCCAAGGAUACGUAUGGACCGUCCAUCACACCCUGCAGUCGCAGAGUCAGCGACACGACCCAAAAAUGUUGUAAGGCUCAAGAACUACUUGGACCACGCGUUCAUCUGUGUGCGCAGCUCAGCUCAGACACCUCUGAUGUUGACGCUGCUCUUAGAGCUUCUGCUGAACGCUCUUGACACGCGUAACCUCGACCAAACCUUCAUGAAGUCUUUGACGAUCCAUGCCACUGAGAUGGCUCAUCAACUUCACAAUUUUUUGGUAUCUCCAGCAUGCCUCACCUCCGACGCCAAGCGGGCCAGAGCGAUCGGUCGGCUCGUUACCGCAAUCAGCACCAGUCUGCGGUCUCUGGCGCCAUUCAAUUCGAUUGCAGACCCUAUGCGUCUGCAUUUGCUGAUGCGUAGAUUGAAUGAUGGGCCCAGCGAUGCUUGGGCGAAGCCAGAUGUACUCUUAAUUGGAGCGUUCUCCACACCAUUUACGAAACCUCCCGUUCGCGUAGACGUCCACUCCGUGCUCACUUUGCUCAAGGAGGAGCAGUGGGGAGACGACGGCUGUAAUCUGAGAGCUCUCGCCUCCGCAUACCUACAGACGACUGUCAGCUCUCUGGACGACGAGACUGUUCAGGAAAUUGCGGAAUAUGUCGACCAAAAAGCUGGGAAUGCGAGCUAUGCUGACCUGGCUCAGGCUCUAGUGCAGCGCAAGAGAGGUCUCGCAGUGCAGGACGUGAAAGCGCCAGACGGCACGUAUGAUUGGCGGCGCCAUGUCAAACAGAUCGUCUAUGCCAUCAUUCAACCGGCCGAGCUUGACUGGAUGGAUGACGAUGACAACACGAACGGUUUGCAGUACAUUACGAGGGCCCUUCGAGAAGUGGAAAAGCGAUUUGGGGUCAUAUACAAUCCAUCCGCCUCUGCGCGUCUCGUUCUUCUGCAGCAGCUGGCUCGCUUGCCCUGCGCACUCACACGACAUGCGGAUGCUAUAUGCCACUCGACCCAAACAGGCCUCACCGUCGACUCGCUGAGAGCUUGCAUGUCGGUCCUAGGCUGCGCGAUGGAUGGCACAGAUCGCGAAGUCACCGCUGCCGUGCGCAAAGCGGCCUACAACGCGCUUGUGCGAACUCUUCGCCACCAGCCCUCCACCCACACCAGCGCGGGACUCGACCAUGCUGCUGAUUUCGCAUUGAGCGGCAUGAAGGAUGCUGAUCGAAAUGUACGCAUCAGUGCUGGACGUUGUGCUGUAGAGCUCGUUAAUAUAUAUCUGCGUCUCGAGAACAGUUCCCAAGAACGCGUAGACCCUUUGUUCGGUAUGAUCAACGAAGUGCUGGGAACAGGACAAGAUCGCUGGAAAGAGACAACGUUGAUUUCUCUCGGACAUAUGGCCAGGACAUCGUCACCUUAUGUGCUCGGCAAAGUGCUGUUCUGUAUUGUAGCACAGCUUGGACAUUCCAAUCCGCUCUCGGCGGCAGCCAAGCAUCAUAAGAAGGCAACAUACAAUCUCUUGGCACCAUACCUGGAGACAAUCGCUCCCUUUGUUGUUGGCCGGCUCAAGACCCAUCCGACUACCCUGCUCGAAGUGUGCAACUUCGUGUCAUCCACCCCACCUGCAUUCCUAUCUGUGACACUGCCCUAUACGCUUCCAGGACUCUUCGCCAGCCGUGACAGGGAGACCUUAGAUAUCCUCGCAAGGGAACUGGGCACCAGUAUCGGGCAGAUGCUUGUGGAGCACGGAUACAAAAUUCUGCCACAUGUCUUCCUCUUGUCGAAACCUGGACAGACAUCUCGCGCCAUGACCUUUAUGGUUAGCUUCUUUGGAAAAAAGCUUUCGGGAACCCCACAGACUCUCAUUAGCGCCCAUAUUAUCGAUACCGCUAGUCAGAUUAUCUUGAACAUGGGAGACCAAGAUCCAGCUACCGUAUUCACUGCGAAGCAGGGUCUCAUGAAGAUGCAGCAAUAUCUCGAUAACAACUUCUAUGACACUCCGGAAGAGGCUGUAAGGGUCUGCUUGGACUCGCAAUUCUUGGGUGUCAUCCACCGAUUUAAUGAUACGCUGCAAGCGUCUCAUACGCGAUAUACCUCUGAGGAUAAAUGCAAGACGAUUAGAGCUCUCAGCGCGAUCAUCGAAGUGGUUGGACAUGGCGUCGUCGUAUUCGCACCCCAGAUUAUGGCCACCAUGCAAACUGCGCUCACACUUCCUGGUCUCGCCGAGACAACACUGAAGACUUGGGACACGUUCUUUCGUAUCUCAAAAAGGGAGGAUCUCAGUGGCUACGUAAGAGCGACCAGCGCGGCAUUUGUCUCUGCCUGGCCGAAGUUCUCGCUAGAAGCCAAGGAACUCGCCACCAAGUGUCUCGAGUACAUUCUAUCACAUGCCGAUGGCGGAAACGCAUACAAGCACGACAUCGUCGACUUGUCAUCUAUCCCGGAGCUGCAUCGCAUCUGGCAGCGCGUACUAGAGUCUCGUGCAGAGAUGACGCCACAUGCUCGGCUCAUGAUGCUACUGGAUCGCAUCACUAGUGAUAACGCGGCGGUCAUUCUGCUUGCACUGCAGGAGCUCAAGGCAUUCCUACUCGAAGACGACGAGCGAUUCAUCAGGGGCCUUACCUCUGGGGACAUGUUUGACCCUGUCGUCGGCAAGAUUCUCCCAGCCCUGUUCUCGAUCGCAGCCAAGGAUCAUGAAGGGUCCGACAGCAUGCGGCUUCUUGCCUUGGAGUGUGUCGGUAUUUGCGGCGCUGUUGACCCCGACCGGUUCGAAUGCGAUGUGCAAGACGGCCGUAUGAUUGUAAAGACCAACUUCGAGGACGAAGAGGAGUCUGUCGCCUUUGCGCUGCACCUCAUCAAAGACAUGCUUGUCGGUGCAUUUCGUUCAACCUACGACAUCAACUACCAGAACAUCCUGGCCUACCUCAUCCAGGAGCUGACCAAAUUCUGCCGGUUCAACCGUUCACUGGUGAAUUCGGGCGCGACCGGCUCCCUACCUAUCAAGGUUCGCAAUCGGUGGAAGGAGCUGCCUAGGUCCGUGAGGGACGUUGUAGGCCCUCUCCUGGAUGGCAAGUGGAUGUUCUCUAACGAACCGUUCGACCCGGUUCAGCCACCAAUCUAUGCCACGCAAUCUACAUACCGCGAGUGGCUGCAGGUGUGGACACGCCAUCUCAUCUACCGCGUUACGGGCAAACAAGCGCAGCAGAUAUUUUCGCCAUUUCAUCCAAUCCUCCAACAUCUCAUCAAGGAUGUUGGUGUCGCGCAUCACAUUUUUCCCCACCUUGUACUGAAUGUUCUACUUUCCGGGAACGAAGAACACGUUCGAGAUAUUCGCGCAGAGAUCCUUGCUGUGCUCGAAAAUCAGGUCAACCCUGAUAGUGCAUCCACUAUUGAGAAACGAGAACUAUGUGCCCAGGCCAUUUUCAUGCUUAUGGACCACCUGAACCGCUGGAUUCACUCCAUGCGCCAAGAGGCGACGGUCAAAUAUCGCAAGAAGGUUAAUGCUGGACUUUCCGCGGAGGAAAUGCAAGUUCUUCAAGUCGAGUCGAUCCUCACGAGUAUCGACCGCAGCUUGAUUGCUAAGGCGGCUCUACGGUGCAAAGCUUACGCUCGCGCGCUCAUGUGCUUCGAACAGCAAGUCUUGGACAUGAAAGACAUUGACGAUCAGGCGGACACGAAGGUCACUGCUUACGAAACUCUGCACGAGAUCUACGCCCAACUAGACGAGCCGGAUGGUAUGGAGGGUAUAUCCACCUUGAUUCUAAGCCCAUCGUUGGAAAAUCAAAUUCGGGAGCACGAAAGCACAGGUCGGUGGACAUCGGCUCAAAGCUGCUGGGAAGUUCGGCUCCAACAGUCACCGAACGAUCUCAAGUCCCACCUCGGUCUAUUGAGGUGCCUGCGGAACCUCGGACAUUAUGAUAUUAAUGGUGCUAUUCAAGACACUAUGCGCACCCACGUCGAAGGCUUGCUCGUCCGUAAUCCAACCUGGCAAGCGGACUUGAUCGACUACCAAGUCGAGAGUGGUUGCAUAAUCGGUGAUUGGCCCAUCGUUCAAUCCCUUGUUGAGAAUACGAGUCAAGAGACCUCACCCAUCCUACUUGCCCGCGUCCUCUUGGCCAUGCGCUCCGGGGAGGAGGAUGCCGUCCAGAGCGCUUUGUGGACGGCCCGUAGGGUUCUCGGUGCUCCAAUCGCUGCUGCCGGCGUGAGAGGGUAUCGGCAUUCCUACCCUGCAGUUCUGGACUUGCACAUGUUGCACGAGCUGCAGACCAUCUACGAUCAGGGGCAUGCCUGCAAUGCACAACGAGACUCUGACGAGAGCCUUGAUAGCCUGCAGCAUCGCCUCACAGAAAGGCUGGAUUCUACCCUCUCGUCUUUCCGUUACCGCGAACCAGUCCUGAGCACUCGACGAACGGUCUUGGGCCUACAGAUUGGACAAAGUCCGCGCUUCAAGGAAGUAAUCGGGCGAUCAUGGCUCUUGACCGCUCGACUAGCAAGAAAGGCUGGGUAUAAGCAGACCGCAUACAGCGCUCUACUUCAGGCACAACAAUUGGACGCUCCGUUCUGGUUUGUGCAGGGUGCCAAAUUGGCGAAAGCCAUGGGGGAUCCCUUAAGGGCUCUGCAAGAGGUUGAGAAUUGGCUAGGACGAAUGAAGAGGGCCCCCAUACCGAUGACUCAAGGACAGUCUGCUGAGCUGAGUAUCGUGAAAGCGAAGGUCACAACUUUGCGUGCUCGGUGGUUGGCUGAGUUGGAUCGCCAUGACCGGCAAAUUGUCCUCGAGAUCUUCAAGGAAGGCGCGACUUUGAUGGAGAGUCGCGAGAGUGGAUGGUUCUACUGUGGCCGAUUCCAUGAUGAAUGCGCGAAGAGCCUUCCGCAAAAGUCAAAAGGCGAUAAGCAAGCAACGUGGGAACUCACUCUGCAUCAACGCCUGGUCAUGAACCAGCAGACAGUCAAGGAUCUCUUGCAAGCAUGCGAGACUGGCUCCAAGUAUAUUAACCAGGCGCUUCCCCGUCUCUUGACAUUAUUCCUGAAUGUUGGGGAUGACGACGAAGCAGCUUACCAGUCCAGUCAGUUUAAGACGAUGACGAAGCUGAUGGUCAAGGCAAUCAGGACGAUACCUAUGUAUAAGUGGUACACUGCCUUCCCACAAAUAGUGUCGCGGAUUGGUCACCCCCAGGGAGAGACAUAUGGGUUUCUGAAGGAGCUAAUUCGGCAGGUGAUACAGCAACAUCCGAACCAGGCCCUCUGGCAGUUCACGUCUGUCCUGCAGUCGAAGCAGGGGGACCGGAGAGUGCGCGCCGAGCAAAUUCUCAAAAAGCUCAAAAAUCCUGGCGCAGCCAACGGCAUAGCGGGUUUGGUAGAGGCCAAUAUCCGUUUGAUGACACAACUCUUGAAGCUGUGCGAGCGUUCUUUGCCUGACCACAAGAAGACGUUCUCGAUGCGUCAAAACUUUAGCUUCCUUGCAAACGUGGUGCCUUCACCAUGCAUCAUCCCUCUUCAAGAGUCCCUCAUCGCCACUAUGCCGACCUCUCCUUCGGCUGAUGCUGAACACCAACCGUUCCCUGUUGAUGCUCCGACGUUUCAUCAAUUUUCGGAUGAUGUGGAGAUUAUGCCCUCCCUGGCCAAGCCCCGCAAAAUCACUAUCAUGGGAACCGAUGGACGACAAUACAAUUUUCUGGGAAAACCUAAGGACGACCUUCGCAAGGACGCUCGAAUCAUGGAUUUCAAUGCAAUUAUCAACAAGCAGUUGAAGGCCAAUGCGAACACGCGUCGCAGACAGCUUUGCAAGCCGUCAUUCCCUACCUUGGACAUCCGAACGUACGGCGUCGUCACCUUGAACGAGGAGUGCGGUUUCAUUCAAUGGGUACCAAACACUGUUCCCGUGCGGACGGCGCUGACCAAUGCAUACAACCCUCAUGGCAUGCCAAUAUGGGGUGAGAAGCUCAAGAAGAGUUUUGACAAGCUCGGCGCUGUACGGACAGACAGGGAAGCCGCUGAGAUAUUCAAGAGAGAAGUGCUUUCGGAGUUCCCACCGGUUCUGCAUGAAUGGUUUCUUCAGAUGUUCCCAGAGCCCACUGCUUGGUUAUCUAGCAAGCUAGCUUACACGCGCACGUCCGCCGUCAUGUGUAUGGUCGGGUUCAUCCUAGGAAUGGGCGACAGACACACUGAGAACUUGCUCUUGGAUACACGCACAGGCGAUAUAGUGCAUGUCGACUUCAAUUGCUUGUUCGAGAAGGGUAAGACGUUAGCAACCCCGGAGCGAGUGCCGUUCAGAUUGACCCAAAACUUCGUCGAUGGAUUCGGCGUCACUGGCAUUGAGGGUGUCUUUCGCAUUGCUUGUGAACUCGCGAUGCAGACGCUGCGCGACAAUAAGGAGUGUCUCAUGAUAAUUCUGGAUGCAUUUAUCCACGACCCGCUCGUCGAGUGGCAGGACAUCAAGAGGCAGCGGGAUCUGCAGGACAGGCGAGGGGGGCAGAAGAUGGAGAAUGCCGUCAAGGACAACACAGACCUGGAGAUGCUCGCGCGGAAUGCGCUCGGUGUCAUCUCAAAGAAGUUGCAGGGCAUCUACUCCAUCAGCCACGAGAAGCUGUCCGAGAGAGAGAUCCCAACAAGUAGCCUCGUGGAAAUGCUGAUUACGGAGGCGACGGACUUGAGGAACUUGUCGAAGAUGUAUGCAGGCUGGAGUCCGCAUCUCUGAUUAUACUCAGCUACUUGCCAGUGCCACUAUCCUUUCACCAUCCGCAAGAUUGCUGUAUCGAUAGACCGCAUACACCACGCACCGUGUACUAGUAGAAUUUCUCGCCUCAUGAUACCCGUUGUGUAACACACGAAGAGAGGGACAACAAAGAACUAGGCCUCGGUUAACUGCCUCUGCAAGCGCGCGAGCUCCUUCUCUUUCUCGAUGAGAAUUUGACGCCAUUUAUCCUGCUCGGCUAUGAUAGCUUUUCGCGCGUUCUCCAAUCUCUCAGUCUCCUCACGUUCCAUCUCCUGCGUGAACUCGGGCACACCGCCCUUGGAUGCCUCAAGCGAUGCGGGAUUUGCAACAUGAAAAGGUACUGGUCGCCGUUUAUUCUUGGGCAGCGGGGUUGGCGGGUGUGCAGUGAGGAUGCUGAGGAAGGUUUGGAAGGGGUCGUUGAAGACAAUCUCGUCGUACUGCCACGAGUGAACUGGACCCAUCUUCGCUGCAACGUCCAGAGGUGGUGGGGGCUGCUCGGGUUCCCCAAUUGCUGUCCAUGGAUGUAGCUUCAGGUGAUGGUAGAGGAUGAUUGCUUUCUCGCCAGACUCGGCGACGAAAUUUAUGCGAAUCUGUACCUCGAAUUCACCCCACCUGCGACGUUGCGUCAGGACAAACACUAGUAGCUGC